ACGUUGACACUUGAGACAGAUACCACACAGUCAGAUUUAGAGGGAAAAAAAAAAAAUUUGCCUCAAAACAUUUUCCCAGUAAAAUUAGUUAACAUACAAAACCCAUGAACGCAGCCAGCCAAUUUUCCUGUUUUACAUUUACUUUCUUAAAUCGCGUGAUCUCCAAGCUCAAUACUGUACAGUACAUAAAGAGAGAGCCACACUGGGAAACUGUUUCCUGAGAGAAAGAAAAGCAAAAUCUAAUUCCAAUUCCAAACCCGAAAUUUUCCAUGCCAAACCCUAAAAACAUUUUCCCUCAUUUUCCUGCCACCCAAACACCUCGCUCGUGAGAAAAGCCUCCACGGCUACGCGCAUUUCUUGAACUCAAACCCGGUAGUGGGCGGUGAUGGCGGAGGAGGAGGAGGAUGAGAUCGGAGGACUGGCCUCGAUGGACUCCACGGAGUCACGUUGGGUGUUCCAGGACGAAGACGAUUCCGAGAUCGAGGACGAUUAUGACGAAGACGACGACGCUUCGCAGCGGACUGCGAACACUGACGCGUUGGAUUCAGAGGAUGAAGAUGACAAUGCCGAGCAGAGACUGAUUCGCACUGGUCCACGCAUCGACUCCUUCGAUGUCGAGGCCCUCGAGGUCCCUGGCGCAGCCAGAAAUGAAUAUGAGUUGCAGGACUUUAGUAUGGGAAGAAGAAUUUCACUUGCUUUCCAGACCCUUGGGGUUGUCUUUGGUGAUGUUGGAACAAGUCCAUUAUAUACCUUCAGUGUGAUGUUUAACAAGGCACCUAUUAAUGGAACAGAAGAUGUUAUUGGAGCAUUAUCACUAGUCCUAUACACCUUAAUCUUGAUCCCUCUGGUCAAGUACGUCCUGGUUGUCCUUUGGGCUAAUGACGAUGGUGAAGGUGGUACUUUUGCUUUAUACUCAUUGAUUUGUCGGCAUGCUAAGGUUAGUCUUCUCCCGAAUCAGCUUCCAUCGGAUGCCCGUAUAUCAAGCUUCAGGCUAAAGGUUCCAUCUGCUGAGCUUGAGAGAUCACUAAAAAUCAAGGAAAGACUUGAGAAUUCACAGGCUUUGAAAAAGCUUCUUCUGAUGUUAGUGCUUGCUGGCACCUCUAUGGUGAUAGCUGACGGGGUUAUUACACCAGCGAUGUCAGUCACGUCAGCUGUUAGCGGCCUAAAAGUUGGAGUAGAAUCCAUUAAGGAAGGUGAAGUGAGGAUGAUUUCAGUUGCUUUUCUUGUGAUUUUGUUCAGUGUACAGAAGUUCGGGACAAGUAAAGUGGGACUUUUUGUUGGCCCUGCUUUAUUCAUUUGGUUUUGUUCUCUUGCGGGCUUUGGGAUUUACAACCUUGUUAAAUAUGACAAUAGUGUCUUGACAGCAUUUAAUCCUGUUCAUAUCUAUUACUUCUUUAAGAGGAACUCAACUAAGGCGUGGUACUGUCUUGGGGGUUGUCUCUUGUGUGCAACAGGUUCCGAAGCAAUGUUUGCAGAUCUUUGCUACUUUUCUGUGCGAUCAGUUCAGCUUACAUUUGUAUUUCUUGUUCUGCCUUGCCUUCUUUUGGGUUAUUUGGGUCAAGCUGCGUAUCUUAUGGAAAACCCAGGUCUUGCUGCUGAGCAAGCUUUCUUUUCUUCUAUUCCUAGUGGUGCUUUCUGGCCAGUCUUCUUCAUUGCUAAUGUCGCUGCAUUAAUUGCCAGUCGGGCAAUGACAACGGCCACAUUUUCUUGCAUAAAACAAUCAACAGCACUUGGCUGUUUCCCUCGUCUUAAAAUCAUUCAUACUUCUCGGAAGUUCAUGGGCCAGAUUUAUAUUCCUGUCAUAAACUGGUUUUUGCUGGCAGUUUGCCUGGUGUUUGUCUGCUGUAUAACAAGCAUUAAUGAGAUCGGAAAUGCGUAUGGCAUUGCUGAGUUGGGAGUAAUGAUGAUGACAACGAUUUUAGUAACCAUUGUUAUGCUUCUUAUAUGGCAGAUAAACAUUGUCAUUGUGCUGAGUUUUUUGGUAUUUUUUUUGGGGUUGGAAUUGACUUUUUUCUCAUCAGUUUUAUGGAGUGUAGCAGAUGGAAGUUGGAUAAUAUUGGUUUUUGCUGUAAUAAUGUUUUUGAUAAUGUAUAUCUGGAAUUAUGGAAGCAAGCUGAAGUAUGAAACUGAAGUAAAGCAAAAGCUAUCAAUGGAUUUGAUGCGGGAAUUGGGUUCCGAUCUUGGGACAAUCAGAGCUCCUGGCAUUGGUUUACUAUAUAAUGAGCUGGUGAAGGGAAUACCAGCAAUAUUUGGCCAUUUUCUGACAACUCUCCCGGCAAUCCACUCUAUGAUAAUAUUUGUCUGUAUAAAGUAUGUUCCAGUUCCUGUAGUGCCUCAGAGUGAAAGGUUCCUUUUCCGGCGUGUCUGCCCAAAAGGCUACCACAUAUUUCGUUGCAUUGCCAGGUAUGGCUAUAAAGAUGUUCGCAAAGAAAAUCACCAGACAUUUGAGCAGCUGCUGAUUGAGAGUCUUGAGAAGUUCAUCCGCCGUGAAGCUCAGGAACGAUCAUUGGAGAGUGAUGGGGAUGGUGAUACAGAUUCUGAGGAUUUAUCUGGCUCAAGGGUUCUUAUAGCUCCCAAUGGGAGUGUCUAUUCACUCGGUGUUCCUCUCCUGUCAGAGUUCAGGGACACAAGCAAACCCAUUUUGGAAGCAAGCACGUCAGAGGAGAUGAGGCCUGUACUGCCUCCGGCAGACCCAGCAAUGUCUGAUACAGAGCAUAGUCUUGAGAGAGAGCUGUCUUUUAUACGCAAGGCUAAAGAAUCUGGGUUAGUUUAUCUUCUUGGUCAUGGAGAUAUUAGAGCGAGGAAAGAUUCCUGGUUUAUUAAGAAACUAGUCAUAAAUUACUUUUAUGCUUUCUUGAGAAAGAACUGCAGAAGGGGGAUUGCAAAUUUGAGUGUGCCCCACUCAAAUCUAAUGCAGGUUGGCAUGACAUACAUGGUUUGAAGGUGGGUUUUGCUACUAAUAAGGAAAAUUUCAAUUUAAUUGACAAAAAAGGUUGACACAGACUAUUGAGAUUCAAAAAGGGUUUUCUGGCAUGCUUUGCUGUUGAUGCAAGUCACAUUUUUGAAUGCGAGCAAAUUUUUCGUUAUUAUACCUGGCUAUUUGGAUCCACCAAUCUAGAAACAUUUUAUCUCAUUAAUCGGAAAGUUUUUGUAUUA